AUGGGUGGUUACGGCAAAGCCAAGGCCCUGCCGCGCGUCGUCACCAACCCCCUCUGGGCCUUCUCGCUCGUCGCCGUCAUCAAGAUGCUGCAGCUCGGCCUCGGCGCCGGCGUCGCAGCGGCCUGCGCGCGCGCCUUCGGCUGGCCAAUCCACCCCUCCCCUGCGCUCGGCGUGAUGCUGCUCCCCGUCGUGCUGGGCCUGGUGUGGCUGUUCCGCUGGGUCGAGGACAACAAGGCGUACGACAACAAGCGCUUCCGGUAUCUGUUUGCGAUCGGAUCUGUUGUCUUCAUGGGCCUCAGCACAUACGGGGCCCUGAGGUACAACGCAAGCGAGCGGCGCGCGGCGCUGGAGCGGCGAGCGGCGAUGCAGCAGGCGUACGUGGCGCGCGUGGAGCAGGCGAGCGCGCAGCGCGCCCAGGCGCCCGACGCCGCCGGCGCGGACGGAGCGCCGACUCCCAGCGCUGCCGACGGCGGCGGCGGGCCUGCGCCGGCCGCGUUCACGGGGACGAGCGAGCGGGACCUGAAGGAGGCGCGCAAGGUCGCGGAGCGCACCAAGCGCGAGGCGGGGUCCGCGAAGGGCAACAAGCGGUUGGAUGCCGAAGUUGACGCAAUGGGGGGGGAGAAUUGGCGGGCGAACCGCGUGCGACCGUCGGAGCCGUGA